UGCUGCCUCUUUCUCUCUCUUUUUCUCUCUCCUGGGUCUCCUCCCUCCUUCCCUCCCCUCCUCCCUCCCCUUCUCUCUUUCUCUCUCUCCCGCACGGACGCGGCAUACCUCCUCUUCACCAGCCAGCGUGCGUGCAGGGGCUGACGCGAGUACCCGCAUACGGAGUGCGGAGUGCGGACCGCGGAGUGUCGUUGCGCGCAUCCUCGGUUAAUUUUGCUCCUGAUUGCCUAGCCUACAUUUUUUUUCUCUCCCUUCCUGACGCAGAAAAGAAGAGUGGCUUUGGAGCUCUCUUUCAUUGUAUGUGUAAGAGCUCUCUCCAUCCCAGUCUCUCUUUUUCUCUCAUCUCUACAGGAAACUAGAGACAAUUUCGGAAUAUGGUACAUCUCCGUGGUAAUGCCAUGUGACAAGGCUUUUCAUCAUUUGGUCUUUCUUUCCCCUCCAACAAAAGUCGCUGGGUUCGUCUGUGUGUUGUGGCGUUGGUGAUAUUCAAAGGGGGGCUAAGUGAAGGAGAAAUUAAAAAAAAAAGCCCCUGGGCAAAAUGGAAGUUUUGGCUGUUGGCUUGGUCCGCUGAGGCUGCUGCUGCUGCUGCUGCUGGUGGUGUGGUGAUUGGUGCAGGGGGGAAACUGCGUCGCCAGGUCUGAAAGGCUGGGAAUCACGGGUCAUUACAGCAGGACCCGCUUUUCAAGAUAAUUAGGUUUUCCCCUCACAUUAUCGAAUGGUUACAGAUUUAUUCCUCUAAACGAGCGGCUGCAUCCUCCAGCCCCUCAGUUCGCUUUAACGCGGCGACGUUUGGAUGCGGGUUGUUUGCUCUGCGGCUCAGCGUCUCUCCGCUCACCCAGAAUAUGAUUUAAUGUUGGGAGGAAUUUCAACAGGGUGCCAGUCUGUGACUACCCGGGAAUCUCUACUUAUUUUCCUCUACAGACAAGCAUCACUUACUAACGUCAAGAGAAUAAUAUAUCAAGGAAGAGAUUACAGGGAAUUUCCUUGACCGCCCUACAGAUGGACUAAAAAGAAGCUUCGGUUCUCGGGAUUUUAACUCUGUUCGCUCUCACUCAGAGAGCCGCGGUGUUCUCUUGUUUUGGGGAGGAAAUAUAUUUCUGGACAAGAUGAAAGUUAUCUCAGCUAUGCUGCUCGUUGCCGUUUUUUGGAGCCAGGAGUGGAAGUCGGCGCUCUCGGAUUCAAUCAUCCACAUCGGUGCCAUCUUUGAUGAGUCAGCAAGGAAAGAUGAUGAGGUGUUUCGCCUCGCUGUGGCAGAUCUCAAUUUGAACAACGAGAUCUUGGAGACGGAGAAGAUCACCAUCUCUGUGGAAUUCGUUGAUGGGAACAACCCCUUCCAGGCUGUGCAAGAAGCCUGUGAGCUGAUGAACCGUGGUAUCCUGGCUCUGGUUAGUUCAAUCGGCUGCAUGUCUGCGGGCAGCCUUCAGACUCUGGCCGAUGCCAUGCACAUCCCCCACCUCUUUAUCCAGCGCUCCCCGGCGGGAACACCUCGCUCCGCCUGCCCACCAACCAGUCGCAUCGCUGGAACAGAUGACUACACCCUAAUGGUCCGCCCACCCGUCUAUCUCAAUGAGGUCAUCAUGCAAGUGGUGUCUGAGUACAGCUGGCAGAAGUUCAUCCUCUUCUAUGAUUCUGAUUUUGAUAUCCGUGGUAUUGAGGAUUUCCUGGACCGGACCUCUCAGCAGGGGAUGGACGUCUCCCUUCAGAAGGUGGAAUCCAAUAUCAACAUGAUGAUCACAAGUCUGUUCAGAACAAUGCGUGUGGAGGAGCUGCAUCGCUACAGGGAUACACUACGCAGAGCUGUGCUGUUCAUGAGCCCAGCUACUGCCAAGGCUUUUAUCACUGAGGUGGUGGAGACCAACCUGGUGGCCUUCGAUUGUCACUGGAUCCUGAUUAAUGAGGAGAUCUCAGACUACGACCUGCAGGAGUUAGUCAUGAAGUCGAUCGGCCGACUGACGUUGGUGCGCCAGACGUUCCCCAUGCCCCAGAACACAACUCAGCGCUGUGUCAAACACAACCACAGGAUUAACACCUCCCUGUGUGACCCUAAAAACCCAAAGUCUCAGCAGCUAGAGAUCACCAACCGCUACAUCUAUGAUACUGUGUUGCUUCUGGCCAACACCUUCCACAGAAAGCUGGAGGAUAGGAAGUGGCACAGCAUGGCCAGUCUGAGCUGCAUCAGGAAGAACUCCAAACCGUGGCAGGGAGGCAAGAGCAUGCUGGAUACUGUCAAAAAGUUCGGAGUGAGCGGCCUCACCAGUUUCCUGGAGUUCACCGACAACGGCACCAACCCCAACAUCUUCUUUGAAAUCCUGGGGACAAAUUACGGAGAAGACAGGGGACGAGGAGUCAGCAGGCUGGCAACGUGGGACCCAGUUCAUGGCUUGAACGGCACGCUGACAGACAGGAAAUUGGAAAAUAAUAUGAGAGGAGUGGUGCUAAGAGUCGUCACUGUUCUGGAGGAGCCGUUUGUAAUGGUGUCGGAGAACGUUCUGGGAAAACCAAAGAAGUACCAGGGCUUUUCUAUUGACGUCCUCGAUGCUCUGUCCAACUACCUGGGCUUUAAGUAUGAGAUCUACGUCGCCCCAGACCACAAAUACGGCAGCUUGCAGCCUGACGGUCAAUGGAACGGACUGAUGGGUGAACUGGUCUUUAAGCGAGCCGAUGUGGGACUUUCUGCCCUGACCAUCACGCCUGAGCGAGAGAGCGUCGUGGACUUCACCACACGCUACAUGGAUUAUUCUGUGGGCGUUCUGCUGCGCAAGGCCGAACGCACCGUGGACAUGUUUGCCUGCCUGGCGCCCUUCGACCUGUCACUGUGGGCAUGCAUCGCGGGCACCGUGCUCCUCGUCGGCAUCCUGGUGUACUUGCUCAACUGGCUCAACCCACCUCGGCUACCCAUGGGAUCUGUGUCCUCGACUACGCUGUACAAUUCCAUGUGGUUCGUGUACGGCUCCUUUGUACAACAAGGUGGAGAAGUGCCCUACACCACUCUAGCUACGAGGAUGAUGAUGGGCGUUUGGUGGAUGUUUGCUCUUAUUGUCAUCUCUUCAUAUACCGCCAACCUAGCAGCCUUCCUCACCAUCUCACGCAUAGAGAACUCCAUACAGUCCCUCCAGGACUUAUCCAAGCAGACAGAGUUGCCUUAUGGAACAGUGUUGGACUCCGCAGUAUACGAUCAGGUGCGCUCCAAGGCUAUGAACCCCUUCGAGAGAGAUCCCAUGUACUCCCAGAUGUGGCGGAUGAUUAACCGCACCGGAGGAGGAGAUAAUAACGUUGAGGAGUCAAAAGAAGGCAUUCGCAAGGUGAAGUACGGGCGAUUUGGCUUUGUGUGGGAUGCAGCAGUGCUGGAGUAUGUUGCUAAUAAUGACGAAGACUGCUCAUUCUACACUGUCAGCAGCAACGCACCAGACCGGGGAUAUGGUAUUGCCAUGCAGCACGGCAGCCCCUACAGGGACAUUUUCUCCCAACGAAUCUUGGAGCUCCAGCAGAAUGGUGACAUGGACAUACUGAAACUUAAGUGGUGGCCCAAGGACAGCCCCUGUGAUCUCUACAGCUCGGUCCAAACACGACAGCGCGGCAACGCCCUGGACAUCCACAGCUUCGCCGGCGUUUUCUGCGUCCUGGCAGCCGGCGUGGUGCUCUCCUGCCUCAUUGCCAUGGUGGAAAGCUGGUGGUCACGACGGAAGGGAUCCAGGGUCCCCUCCAAGGAGGACGAUAAGGAGAUCGACCUGGAGCACCUACACCGCCGGGUUAACAGCUUGUGCACCGAGGAUGAAAGCCCCCACAAGCAGUUCUCCACCUCUUCCGUCGAUUUAACACCCCUUGACAUGGAUGCGCUGCCUGCCGCGCGCCAGGCACUCGAGCAGAUCAGCGAUUUCCGUAACACCCACAUCACCACCACCACCUUCAUCCCCGAGCAGAUCCAGACCCUCAGCCGCAGCCUCUCUGCCAAAGCCGCUGCUGGAUUUUCCGCUGGUUUCGGUGGCGGCGGCGGGGGCGUCCUCCAGGACCACCGGACUGGCGGGGUGGGCCCUUUCAGGCAGAGGGCCCCCAACGGUGGUUUCUUCCGCAGCCCCAUUAAAACAAUGUCCUCCAUCCCCUACCAGCCCACAGGUCCAGGACCCAACUUUGGAUACGGCAAUGAUCCAGACAGGGGCACCUCUAUAUGAGGAGUUGCUGAGGAUAUGGUUGGUUCAGGAGGAAGAGGAGGAGGAGGAGGAGGAGCAGAAGGAGGAGGCGAGGUGGCUAGGGUCGGUCAUGGGAUGGUAGAACAAAUACAUUAUGGUUAAGCUAAAAAGUCAGAGGAUAGAGAUGUGUACAUAGGAAUCUUUAUGUUUUCAGUUUCUGCUUGGGUGUUUCCAGGGGUGUCCAUUUUGUAUGUGGAGAAGAUGGAGGAGGUGGAGGUCUGUUGGGGUGUUCCUUAUCCUCCUGCAAACCAUGCUGGUGAGGUGCAAAAAGGGACAGGUGGGUGGGGGGGACAGACAGGGGGCUUGGAUCUUUGCUUUAUUGUUGUUGUUCUUGUGAUUGUUUGGGGGAUUAUUUUGGGGGAUAUGUGUGAAAGGGGAUCUUUUUUUAUUGCUUCUGUUUUACGAUAUGAGAACUGCCUCAUGUAAUGGAGAUCUGCUGAAAUGACCUGACUAUUAUUACCUAAACCCCACCUCAGAGGGUUUAGUUUAUACUACACCAACCACAGGAAACACGUCUAUAUUCCUGUGAGCUUCAGGGCUGCCAUUGGUGGAUGACAGGUGGUGUCUUUAGCCAUUAAACAACUCCAAGGGGCUCACACUACUAAGCAAU